CAAAUGUCUACCUACCGAGCAAUGCCCUCCACCUCAGUGCCUCCCCAUCCGCUCCCACAACGCCUCCUCCGUAUGCGGAUUGCCCACACUAAGGUAGCUCCGCUGGCCCAGGCAAUUACACCCCCAGACACGGCCAGGGAUCACCGCAGUAUUCCAUGCUCCCUCUGCCGCAACCACGUCCUUCUUGAAGCCACCCCUUCUCUCUUCUGUCCUUCCUGUCUGGUAUCUUUAUAUAUGAUCCUACCUGUCCCUCCCAUCCCGUUUCUGUCCGCCUGUUCGUUCCUCUUCACCCAGGCAAUUCGUCUCAUCUUGAAUCCGACCUACCCUGGCCGUCGACAAUCUCGUCCCAGCUCUGUCCACAUUCGAGACAGCUUGCUCUUGAGAAAAAAAAAAUAAUAAUACUCCCUCAUCCCCUCUCCUGACUCUUCUACGCCAUCCAAUCCUCUGGUGAACACCUCGCACGACCCCGAUACCGCACACCAAUCGCCCAUCAUGUCUUACACGCAUACUGGAGCUCCUACGGAGUUCAAUGGCACCAACGAAGAUUACGGUGGUGAUUCCACCACCACGAACCUGAACCAAUGGUACCAAUCCGGUGACCAGUCUUACAUUCUCGUCUCGGCCGCCAUGGUUCUGCUCAUGAUUCCCGGCAUUGCCUUCCUUUACUCCGGUCUCGCCCGCAGAAAGUCGGCCCUCUCCCAAUUGUGGGUGGUUAUGAUGAGCUUUUCAGUCAUCGUCUUCCAGUGGUACUUCUGGGGUUACUCUCUGGCCUUCAGCGAAACUGCCACCAACGGCUUCAUUGGUGAUCUUCGACACUUUGGCCUCAUGAAGGUUCUCGCUACUCCCUCCCAGGGCUCGCCUCUCGUUCCCGCCCUUCUCUACUCCUUCUACCAGAUGAUGUUCUGCGCCGUUACUGCCGCCCUCACUGCUGGUGCCACCGCCGAGCGCGGCCGAGUCAUUCCCUGCAUGGUCUUCAUCUUCUUCUGGGCCACCCUCGUCUACGCCCCCGUCGCCUGCUGGGCUUGGAACGCCAACGGCUGGGCCUUCAAGUACGGUGUUCUCGACUACGCCGGAGGCGGCCCCGUCGAGAUUGGUUCCGGCAUGUCGGCUCUCGCCUACUCCUGGGUUCUCGGCCGUCGCAACGAGAGAAUGAUGCUCAACUUCCGUCCCCACAACAUCUCCCUCAUCACUCUCGGCACCAUUCUUCUCUGGUUCGGAUGGUUGGGUUUCAACGGUGGUUCCGCCUUCGGUGCCAACCUCCGUGCCGCCAUGGCUUGCUGGAACUCCUGCUUGACCGCCAUGUUCGCUGCCAUGACCUGGUGCCUUCUCGAUUUCCGUCUGGCCAAGAAGUGGUCUCUUGUUGGCUGGUGCUCCGGCACCAUUUCCGGUCUCGUUGCCGCUACCCCUGCCUCCGGUGUCAUCACUCCCUGGGCUUCCAUCAUCCUCGGUGUUGUCGCUGGUGUUGCUUGCAACUUCGGCACCAAGAUCAAAUUCCUCCUCAAGAUUGACGACUCUCUCGACGUAUUCGCCGAGCACGGUAUCGGCGGUAUUGUCGGUCUCAUCUUCAACGCCUUCUUCGCCUCCAGCUCGAUUAUCGGUCUCGACGGUGUCAACAUGGGAGUCUCUGGCGGCUGGGUUGACGGCAACUACAAGCUCAUGUACAUCCAAAUUGCCUACAUCGUCGCCUGCUGCGCCUAUACUUUCGUCAUGUCCGCCAUCUUGGCCAAGGCCAUCGACAUGAUUCCUGGUCUGAAGCUCCGCGCUUCCGAGGAGGCUGAGCUCCUGGGUAUGGACGACGACCAGCACGGUGAAUUCUCUUACGACUACGUCGAGGUUCGCCGCGACUUCCUUGCCUGGACCCCUCACCAGGCCGAGCCCGCCGGAGAGGGAAAGUUCAUUCCUCAGCACGGAAUUGAGGAGCACCAGCACAUGGCCAACAACGGAGCAAGCAGUGGAUCAGACGAGCCCAAGCCUGUGACGCCCCAAGGCGAGAUCAGGAGCGAGAAGGCUCCUUCUCUGUAAAUUGGGAGCCCGUGCCAUGAGGAAGAGUUGGUCACUUUGAUUUGAAUUUUUGGGUGCCGUAUAGGCUCCAAAAGCGAGGCGUUAUUUACAGGAUGGGAUUGAUCUAAAGCUGUUUUCCCCGUUGGAAGGAUAUCCCGCAAAAUGCGAAGCGAGCAGAUACUUUUUUUAUUUUAUUGUUGUAUAAUACCCCAUGGUAUAUCCGUAAUGAGAAGCCAA